UGCAGCUCGACGUCAUGGCACGUUCCGGAAUGGUGCUAAUAAUGGCUGGAAUCAGAUCAAACGAAUGAGAUGAACCGGCCCUGAGUAGCCUGGAUCUUCCCAGAAAGCUUACCAUGAUGGGUGCGAAGCAAGAGGCAGUGCAAGUCUGGUAGGGACCGUCAAUCUCGUACUUCGGUCUGGUCUGGCCGACACGAUGAACGACGCCGGCACCGACGUCCACGAUCAUGAGGUGUCCCAACAUGAAGCGGACGACCGAGCCCACCUGGGCCCUAGGUGAGUUAGGUGUUGUAAGUGUCAGGUGGUUAGAUGAUCUGUAAGUGCGCUGACAGAAACGCCUGUGCUCAAGCCGUUGGUGGUUCGCUUCCUCGGCCUUUCCGAUGAUCGCCGGCACCCUAGGCCCUGUCGCGUCGGCAUUCAGCAUCUGCGCACUCGUCAAGCCAUGGCGGCAGAGCUACCCGCCUGGGACUGAUAUCAGCUCGGCCCCGUUCAUCCCGGACCCGCGCUGGCUGACGGCCAUCAACGCCGUUCAACUGGUUAUCGCCAUCCUGGCCAACAUGGCCCUAUUCCUGAACAUGACCCGGAGGCUCAGCUUCACCAUUGCCCAGCCCGUCACCAUCGUCGGGUGGUACGUCUCGUCGUUCGCCCUGCUCUCUCUCACGGCCACUGCAUCGGGACCCCUCGUCAUCCAGCCAUCCGACGAAUUCGUCUGGUCACAGGCCUUCUACUACGGCAUCUACUCCGCAGUGCUCUACUUCCUGGUCGCCUCCCUCAUGGUCGUCACCUACAUCGGUGCUCAGGCCGGCCGCUAUCCCAAGGACUUCAUCCUCACGCCGAGCCAGCGCACUCUGAUGCUGCAGACCAUUCUGUUCCUCUUGUAUCUGCUUCUCGGAGCGCUGUUGUUCAGCAAACUGGAGGGCUGGUCCUACCUUGACGGCGUAUACUGGGCCGCGGUGACGCUCUUCACCGUAGGCUUUGGUGAUUUCUACGCGACCAAAGGCGCGUCGCGAGGCCUGCUUAUCCCUUACUCGCUCGUCGGCAUCAUCAGUCUCGGCCUUGUCAUCGGCUCCAUCCGCAGCCUGGUGCUCGACCGCGGCAAACAACGGGUGGGUGCUCGCAUGGUGGAAAAGGGCCGGCGGAGGACCCUGCGACGGCUGACACAGAAGGGACAAGACGACAUUCUGGUGCCGAUCACGGACGGCCCGCCCACCAUGGCUUCCCGCCGAACCGACUGUUUGGGGCUGACCGAGUUUGAGCGGAGGGAGCUCGAGUUCAAGUUGAUGCGCAAGAUACAGGACACGGCUGCCCGCCGCCGGCGCUGGAUUGCCCUGUGCGUAUCGACAAGUAGUUGGCUGAUGCUGUGGCUGGUUGGCGCCAAGGUAUUCCAGACAUGCGAAGCGCCGUACCAGGGCUGGGUUUACUUUGAUGGAGUGUACUUUACCUUUGUGAGCCUGACCACUAUCGGCUACGGCGACAUCACGCCCGUGUCCAACGCAGGCAAGUCGUUUUGGGUGUUCUGGGCGCUGCUCGCCUUGCCGACCACGACCGUGUUGAUUUCGGAUGCUGGAGACACCGUGGUCAAGGGAAUCCGGGACGCCACCGAUCAGAUCGCGACAGUGACCAUCCUUCCCAGCGAGCAGGGCUUCAAGAGGGACCUCAAGCGGCUGUUGCGGACACUGUCCUGCGGCGCCUUGUUCGGCGACGAUGAAAACGUCAAGGAAGAGCCCCCGGGCCUUCUCGGCCAAGCCGCGCACUUCAAGUUGGGCGUGACCGACGGCAAUAACGACAAUGGCCACGACGACCCCGAAGAGGCAAUGCAGCAAGACGAGGCCGACAUCGAAGCGGAGGGCGUCAAUACCGCCCGCACCAAAGGAAAGCGUGCCCAACGCGAGCAAUCCGAAGGGCUUCACUCCGAGAGAGUCGAAGCUAACGCUACCGAUGAAGCCUCCCGUCCGCAUCAUCCCCCCAGCAGCAAUCCCAAUCCAACAAAUCUUCCCAACAACCGAAUAACCUUCUCCGACCCGUUCCCUCCUUCCAACAACUCACAUACACCACCACCACGCCCACACUCACCGUCGCGAUCCAAAUCCAGCCGCAGCCGGAGCCGCAGCCAUUCCAUCCCGCGCCAACAUCUCCCGUCCAUCCCCACGAACAAGCACGACUACCACAUCAUCCUGAUCGACGAGAUCCACCGCGUCGCCCAGCACCUGAAGCACCACCCGCCGCAAAAAUACUCGUUCCACGAAUGGGCCUGGUAUCUCCGGCUCAUCGGCGAGGACGAGGCGAAUGCGGAGCGGCACCGCAAGGCGAACCCGCAUGUCAAGACCAAGAAGGGACGGCCGGUGGCAGGGAGGGCGCCGGAUGAUCAGGGUCGUCUGGGUGGCGGUCGGGGCGGGCAAGCUGGGGAAGGGGACAUGAAAGAAGGAGAGAAGGAGACGGAAGAGCCAGCGCUGCCCUGGAGCUGGGUCGGGAGUAGGAGUCCGUUGAUGGGCUCGCAGGAGGAGGCCGAGUGGAUCCUCGAGAGGCUGAUUGCGCGGUUGGGCGCGGAGUUGAGGGCCGCGCGAGACGGGAAGCUUUGAGAGGGUUGCGAAAGAGGCGGGCAUCUGGAGUCGGGAGCGGGAUGUGUACUGUUUUUGGAUUUGGGUGGCUAAGUGUGUGUUUUGGAUAAGGGCAGAUGAAUAUAUGAGGGUUACCCGGAAUGAGCAUCUUAGAAGCGCUACUACUAGCAUUCAGUUUGCGAUAAUAGGCAGUAACCAUUGGCGUUGCCCUUUGCCACCUCGUCUCCAUCUCGUGUUCAGUCAAUGGUUGUAAUCGAGCCUUUAGAACGCUUUAUCCAGCACAUAUUGCCCGACCCUGUAACAAGGAAUCAUCUAUAAGUCUAAGGUACUACCUAGUACACUACUAGGUUCCUUUGUACUGUU